AUGACCCUUAUGAAGAUCAUCAGGAUCAUAAUUCACGAGCCCGACGUUCCCGUGGGAGAAGAACGAGUCAUAGAAAAGUCCCCAAAAUUGUCAUUUGACCCCGCUUUACCAAGAUUUUACCUGUACUUUGAAAAGCUUUGUGCUUCCUUAAAGAAUUGUGACAUCUACAACAACAACUUCAACAAUGUUACUAACAACAUCACAACUAUAGCCAACAACUCCUUUAGAAAAUUAUCUCAACAGAGGAGACAAGGUUUUGACACAGAUGUUCUCCUGUCACCACUUCAAACCCUUAAGAAUGACAAUACCAUUGUAAUUACUAAACCAGACAAGGAACGAGGAGUUGUUAUUUUAAACAAAUGUGAUUAUGAACAAAAGUUAAUGGAUAUUCUCAGUGACAAAACAAAAUUCAAACAAAUCACGACAAAAAUUUCCACCCAUCUGUUAUAUUUAGAAGACAAACUAAAUAGACUUCUUCGUACUAUCAAAGCAUCCAUUAACAUAAACACCUACAACUCUUUUAUGACUUCUGGAUCCAGACCUGGUGUUCUUUAUGGACUACCCAAAGUUCAUAAACCUAAUAUCCCUUUAAGGCCUAUCAUUUCCUCGAUUGGUACUUUCAAUUACAACACCGCAAAAUUUCUUGUUCCCAUCAUCUCCCCUUUAACAUCCAAUCAAUAUACCAUUGAUAAUUCCACAUCCUUUGUUAAAGAAAUCACGUCUCUGAACUUCCAACAACCCGUCACUAUGGCGAGUUUUGAUGUCGAGUCGUUAUUCACAAACGUGCCUCUACAAGAGACCACGGAGUUGAUAGCUAACAACCUGGACAAUACUUAUCUUGACAAAUAUGGUUUGGAUACGAUUACCUUCAAAAACGGCUUAAAGAACGCCAAGGCGUCACUCACUGCCUGGAAGACGUCGCAGUUAAAAGCGGGACAAAAAGCUCGGGAAAAAACUGAGAGCCUUGAAUAA